AUUCCUCCCUCCUUCCUGCGUAUGCGUAUAUAUCACACAGAAACACGCUUCAGGCUGUGAGGUCAAAAGAGCCACCUUCAUUUCCUCUCUCUAGGUGAUCUUCCUUGAGGGGAUUUUGAGCGGCACGAGAGGAUUAACUAGUAGAGUUUGUGUUCUUGGAGAGAUUUGUGCCAAGGAGUCCACCUUGAGGAGCUGGUGGCGUCCCCUGUCAGGGUUAGCGUGAAAGGAUCCACCUUUGACUGACCAAAAUUCUUGAAGAAAUCUGGUUGCUUCUUGGGAGGGUUGGUGGUUAGAUUCGUUGAUGUUUGCUCAGUUCUAGUAGUUGGAACGGUGGUUGGCGGCACCUUGUGUGGACAGAAUUUGGGUGUUUCUCUGAAGAACCGUGGGGCCAAAUUUCUCCCCCUCUGGUUCUUGACUUCUUGGGAAGAAUCGAUUUUUUUGUUUGAUUGGGGAAAUUUUGCCAGGGAGCUGCCUUCAGUCCAUCCCUUCUUUUUUGCUGGAUUGGAUAGCUUCUUUGCAAAAGAUACCAUAAAUUUAGAGUUUGAAUCAUUCCUGGGACUCGGUCUGUUUGAACCGGAAGGGGAUAUCUUUCGGUCAACCUUUGUUGUGAACUUGAUCUAGAUUUCGUUAGGUGGUUAGGAGAAAGGAGGAGUGAGGCUCGUGCUGAAUUGUCUUUCUGAGGAAGGUUUAGUGAAAGAAAAGUUGGUACUUCCUGUAAUUCCUCCUGGAGGAUUCUGGUCUGUUUUCUGAAGAAAUUUGAAGAAAGGAGGCAUCCUAGCCUUUUCUAAGAGGCAAAUGGCGGCGAAACCACGCAUUCCUGCAUUUGGAGACUGGGAGAACAGUACUGAAGAAGUCCCGUACACACAGAAGUUUGAGGGUGCGCGGAAGAGCAAGAAAACAGGCGUUUAUGCCAAUCCAAAUGAGCCAGGACGUCAACCCGAACCUCCUCAGAAGUCACCUUUGAAUCCAUCAGCAUAUACACCUGAUCCUCGAGAACAGGGUCCAAGGACUCCACAACAUGGAAGAAGGCCUGCAAACGAUCCCCAUCACCGCGAGGCUGUUCCACUAAGACAAACAAAUCCUCAGCGGGAGCAAUUGGGUGACGGUAGCGCACCAAGAAGCCCAUACAGAAAUGCUGCUGGAUCUGCUUCACCAAUGCAUUCAAACAGUCCAUCAAGGCCGAAGCCCAGGGCAACUGGAAUGCAGACUCCAGAAAGGAGGGCUUCGUCAGAUGCUCAUGGCCAGCAUACUCCUGGAAGGAGCAGAAUGAGGCCGAGUAACCAAGGCUACAACGCUGAAGAGGAAGUGGCUGUUCCACCAUUUGGUGAAUGGGAUGCGGGUGAUGCGACAUCAGGUGAAAAGUAUACGGGUAUCUUCAACAGGGUGAGGGAUGAUAAAUUGUCGCCUGACUCGUCUUCCAGGCAGCAGUCAUCUGGUAACCGCAGACGGGACAAUAAAGUUGAACAGACAUGCCCUUGCUGUAUACUUUGAUAAAAUGGGGAUAUGAUCACAGAGAUUUCCGAAGAACUUUCCUGGGUUACUUGUGGAACAAAUUGUCAUUCUUGUGAAGAAUUUGUCAUGAAACUCUCUCAUGUUUUCUUCCCAAUGCUUCUUAGUUAUUCUGUUGGUGUGAGUAUGUACCUAUAAUUGCAUUGUUCUAUGAUUUAUGUUCUUUUCUUAUGUGAAACAUAUAUAUGAUGCAACUGAGAUAUGUGAAAUUGUGAAUUGUGAA